AUGUGGCGUCUGACUGGUGUGUUUGGUGCUACUUUUCUAGGAAAGCCAAUGUCAGUGAUGGAGGGAGAUUCUGUUACUCUACACGCUGAUAUUACUGACUUACGGAGAGAUGAAGUGAUAGAGUGGAGUUUUGGACUGCAAGGGUCUCGCACAAUCGUUGCAAUCAAUAAAGCAGCUAAUAAGAUCUCAAUAAAUCCUGAUAUUCUUGGUGGGAGAUUCAGAGACAGACUGCAGAUAAAUGAUCAGACUGGAGAUCUCACCAUCACAAACAUCACAACUCAACAUACUGGACUUUAUAAAAUAAACAGAGGGACUUCAUCCAGAUUCUAUAUUAAAGUUUAUGCCCUCAACGAAGCCUUCAAGGCAGCGUUGCCUGGAAGGCACUCUCCGUCCCCCCGAGCAUUUCAGCCAAUCACAGCACUGGUGCCAGAUAUUGUGCCUUCCAUCAGCUUCUGGCAGUAUGAGCUCACCGUUGGUGCUCAUGAAGUAAAGUCAGUGUCAGUGAUGGAGGGAGAUUCUGUCACUCUACACACUGAUAUUACUCCAAUACAGAGACGUGAUCUGACAGAGUGGAUGUUUGGACCUCGAGAGACUCUUAUUGCUAAAAUCUAUAGAGCAGCAAAUAAGAUCUCAAUACGUGAUGAUGUUAUUGAUGGAAGGUUCAAAGACAGACUGCAAGUAAAUAAACAGACUGGAGAUCUCACCAUCACAAACAUCACAACUCAACACACUGGACUUUAUCAAAUGAUCAUCAGCUAUGUAGAGGAUUCAUCCAGAUUCUAUAUUAAAGUCUAUGCUCGUCUGCCCGUUCCUCUCAUCACCUGUAACUCUUCACAAUGUUCUUCAUCAUCAUCAUCAAGCUCAAAAUGUGUGUUGUUGUGUUCAGUGUUAAAUGUGAGAGAUGUGAGUCUGUCCUGGUACAAAGGAAACAGUUUAUUGUCCAGCAUCAGUGUGUCUGAUCUCAACAUCAGCAGCAUCUCUCUUCAUCUGAAGUGUCUGGAUGAUUCUUACAGCUGUGUGGUGAACAAUCCCAUCAGUAAUCAAACUCAACAUCUCAACAUCACUGAUCUCUGUCAGCCGUGUUCAGAUUGUGUCAGCUGUUGUGAUACUACUGAAGUUGUGAUCCGAUUGGCCGUCUCUGCUCUGGUGGGUGUGGCUGCUGUAGCUGUUUUGAUUUAUGACAUCAGAUCCAGAAGAGCUGAAUAGGAGAGAAGAUCAUAGACAUCAGCAAACACAAACUUCAUCUAUAUGUAUAGAUUCACAGCUUACAACUUUGGGUUCCUGACUGUUGUGAUUUUUUUCUUUAUUUUUGUGGGUGAGAGGCGAUCAGGGGAGGAAGGUUUUAAAAGCUUUGUCCAUAAUCCUGCAACAUCAUUAUGCUUUUCUACAUAUACAAUUUGUUAUACUAUUCUAUUUUUCCUCACCACUGGAGAAAAUGUUUCACAGAUUUCUGUUCUGUUUGUUCAUUUAUGUGGCGUCUGAUUGGUGAGUUAUAAAUGUGUUUUUAUUUCUUCAAUUCAAGUAUUUGUAUUAUUAUAAUGGGAUUCAGGUCUGUGCUUUUGUUUGGUGCAUUUGGAAGAGAUUCAGCAAUUUUGUUUAUUAUAUGUGUCUAGAUGUCUUUCUGAGGCUAAAACAUUUUACAAUACAACUUAAACAUCUUUUAUAGCCUAAAUGACUUUAUUG